AUGAACGAACUGCCAGAAUGGUGUCCUCCCUAUAGCUCACAAAAGAGAGAUAUCUCUACUAAUGAAGAGGUUUAUUGUAUCUGUAAAAAGCCAGAUGGUGGCGAGCUCAUGGUGGGUUGUGAUGGAUGCGAUGAUUGGUUUCAUUUUUCAUGUCUCAAGAUAUCGUCAAACUACAAGGAGCUGGUUUUUUCCUUUUUCUGUCCUUAUUGUCAGGCAGGCAUCACCGGACCAGGAUCUUUAUCUAGUGGCAACCUGCCCAAAACAAUAUGGAAACGGAAAUGCCGACUUCAUAGUUGCUACAAGCCUUGCUCAGAAAACAGCAAAUAUUGCAGUGAGCAGCAUGCAGAGGAAUACAUUGGAGGCGUUUUGCGCCGUGUUGAAAGUAAAGAACGCAAUUCUGUCUCGUUAACCAGGCAAAUGUUGGAAGCGGGUGAUCUUUCCAAGAUUCAGCUGCUUGGUAAGCAGGGAAUACCGCCGGCGACCCGUGAACAAAAUUCCGAUUUGUAUGAUAGCUUAAUUGGCAGAGAUAAGAAGUUGAAAGAACUGCGGGAAGAACAGGAGAUUAUUGCGAAGAAGGAGAUGCCUCGAAUCGAGCAAGAAAUGAAGGCUCUCAAGGAAUACUCAGAAUGGCUUAAAGCUGUUAAUUCAAGACUAUUUGAUUCUGUGGAGGAAGCUGUUUCACGCAAAAGUCAAAAAAAGAAGAAAGCCUUGAAACGGAAGAGUAUUUGUGGUUAUAGAUCGCAGUUGACAAUACCAUGCAGCGUUGAAGAUUUUAGCGCACAGUUUCAAGAAGACGUUGAGGAGCUACACGAUAUAUGUUGCAGAAUGAGGUGUUCUAGACACCAAGAUUGGGCUGGAACCAUGCAAGACGCUUUACAAUUUCAAAUCGAAAGUUUUGAAACCUCGUCUCAGCGUCUAGCGCUGCUCGUAAAGAUACGAGAAGACCAACUCAAUAGUCAGUUUCAUGAACAGAUGCAACGCACAGCUGAUUUGCAACAUGCACCUCGAACCGAAGAACGUGUGCAGGUAGCCCAGCUGACAUGA